CCUGAUUUAGGCGGAGUUUAGGUGCUGCUUUUAUUUGAGUUCCCGGCCGCAGUUGGAGCAGUGAAGCUAUUCUAUUCGCUGUGAUGGAGGUUAGAGCUUGGCUGGUGCUGCUGCUGCUGCAACUGGUAGCGAUCGAUUUCGGCAAUGGACUCAUACGAGUACCUUUGAAAAAAUAUCGUUCAGUUCGACGAAUCUUCACUGAUUCUGGGGAUAACAUUGAAGAACUUCUUGCAGGACAUCAAAACUCCAAAUACAAUCUGGGUUUUCCACAAAGCAGUGAGUCCUCUCCAGAAACACUGAAAAACUAUAUGGAUGCCCAGUACUAUGGGGAGAUUAACAUUGGCACUCCACCACAGACAUUCACAGUAAUCUUUGACACUGGUUCCUCCAACCUAUGGGUUCCUUCAAUUCACUGUUCUCUGUUGGAUAUUGCUUGCAUGUUGCAUCACAAGUAUAAUUCUGGCAAGUCCAGCACGUAUGUCAAGAACGGAACUAAAUUUUCUAUCCACUAUGGUUCUGGCAGCCUAUCAGGAUUUCUCAGCAAUGACGUAACCAUGAUUGGCAACAUCAAAGUUCAGAAUCAGUCAUUUGGAGAAGCUAUCUCACAACCUGGUAUCGUCUUUGUUGCUGCCAAAUUUGAUGGAAUCCUGGGCAUGGCCUACCCACGUAUCUCAGUGAAAGCUGUUGUCCCAUUAUUUGACAAUAUCAUGAAGCAGAAAUUGGUAAAACGCAACAUAUUCUCCUUCUACUUGAACAGGAAUCCAGACACUCAACCUGGUGGUGAACUCCUAUUAGGUGGCACUGAUCCAAAGUACUACACAGGAGAUUUCCAUUUCUUGAAUGUGACACGUCAGGCAUACUGGGAGAUCCAAAUGGAUGAAAUUGCUAUUGGUAAUGUACUGACUCUGUGUAAAGGAGGGUGUUCAGCUAUUGUCGACACAGGAACCUCUUUGCUUAUUGGACCUAAAUUUGAGAUUGAAAGGCUACAGAAGGCCAUUGGAGCUGUUCCAAUCACUCAGGGAGAAUACAAAGUUGAUUGCAAUAAAGUUCCCUCGCUACCUCCCAUUAAAUUUAUCCUGGGAGGGAAGGCCUUUAUUUUGACCGGAGAGCAAUAUAUUCUUAAGGAGAAACAAGCUGGAAUGACCAUCUGCCUGAGUGGAUUCAUGGCUCUUGACAUACCCCCUCCUGCGGGACCACUCUGGAUUCUCGGGGAUGUCUUUAUUGGGCAGUACUAUACUCAAUUUGAUCGCGAGAAGAACAGAGUGGGAUUUGCAACAGCAGUGUAAUGCUGGCUCCUGCAGUGAUAAUUUCAAUAGCAUAUUAAAAGUUGCACUAAUAUUCAGAUCCAUCUUGUGGCCGUGAACAAGAAUCUUUAGUCUAUACAUUUAUGACAAUAUUUGAGUGCCUGACUUGAGUUGGAGAAGGAUACUUGGAUACUUCAAGCUAAUGAAAAAGAAGAAUGCUGUUGACGUCUUAGGAGUGUAAAAUUCUGUUCAGGACUUUGUUUUCCUGCAUAGUACUAUUUUUUUUCUUUAAAACCUUCAAGUUCUGAAUAUUUAACAUUGGAUGUUGUUUCUACUUAAUUAAUGAAUAGCUUAAUUCUCCUUUUCCACUUUUUUAAAGUCUGAGUUUAUUAGUUGACUUUUUCCAAGGAGAUGUAAAAUUGCAGCAUUGGUUCUUAAGGAUAUUGUAUAAUCCAGUGAAUAAUAUUUCCAUUAGUUCUCAUGCAGGUGAGAUAGUGGGAUACUUGGAAGUAGAGCUUUUAACCUUAUUUGCAAUUUGCUCUAUCUGGACCUCAGAGGAAACUGGGUUAAGAGGAAAAGGUAGAAGAUGAGGUGGUGGUGGUGGGGGGAGUGGGGAAUAGGGGAGGAAUUUAAGGAAGGUUAAAGUCUUGCUGUUAGAACCACUAAUAUCAACAAGUUAAACAAUGUUGGAACUGUAUGUCAGGGCUGGCUGACUUUUUAAAAAAAAUGUUUUAAUGUGAUUAUAUUUGAUUGUAUUCAUGGUGU